UAAACGUGAUCACGUGAGUUGAGAGUCUCCUUCUCGCACUGUUCACAACUGUUCUCGCAACACAUCGCAACAUGCGUAUAGAAACGUGUUAUUUCUGCUCGUCCCGGAUAUAUCCGGGACACGGAAUUCAAUUUGUGAGGAAUGAUUGUAAGAUAUUCAAGUUCUGCCGCUCGAAGUGUCACGCUGCAUUCAAGAAGAAGAAGAAUCCGAGGAAAGUCAAAUGGACCAAAGCCUACAGAAAGACCGUCGGCAAAGAACUGGGGGUGGAUCCGUCGUUCGAGUUCGAAAAGAGGAGGAACGCGCCCGUCAAAUAUAACAGAGAAUUAUGGAGCAAGACCGUGGAGGCGAUGAAGAAGGUGGAGUCUAUUAGGCAGAGGCGACAGAAUCUGCACAUUAUGCAGCGAUUGCGUAAGGGAAGGGAACUCGAGAAGGAGAGAGAUGUCAAGGAGGUGCAGCGUGACUUCUCUCUCAUCCGCUCGCCAGCUGCCGGCCUCAAAGAGAAACGAAAACAGGAAGAGAUGGCCGAGGAGCAGGAACAGAUGCACGUGGAUGAAGAUUCCUGCGAUGAAGUUGAAGCAUUGGAAGUGAAUUAAUACGAUACGCAAACUUAAGCUCGUCUCAUACGUUCAAUUUUUAUCAUCUCAAAAAAUUAUAUAAAUUAAAGAAAAACGAUAGCUUCAAAACAAUUCACAUUUUACAUCGUCUACGUGAAAUAUAUACAAAUUGUGAAUUGGAAUAUAAUGUAAAAGUUAACAUCUUAAUUGUUCGGAUUUUUUAAUCUCGGGAAGCGUCUCUAAAUCCCGUUUAUAUUAAAUGUUUCGUUUCUUCAGAAAAUGUCAGCUAAAGAAACGUCCGAUGAUGAUGAAUUGUAAGAUAAUCUUUGAAACUGGAUGGUGUAAAUUGGACUUUACAAGGAGAGAUGGAAGGUACAGGAGAUGGAGGGUUAGCACGCGCUAAAUUAGCUUACGCUUGCAGAAUCUUACCACACACCUCCGUGCGUUUCUUGCGAAUCUCCCACGCACGACCUUGCUGAAUUUUCGACCCUUGUGGAUUCUUUUUAAUAAAUCAAGCCAAAAGGGGUUGGAAAAUGUAGGGAGUCGAAACAAACCGAUAAUUAUAAUUAAACCGAUAAUUAAAUCGUUUUAUACUCCUUCGUAUCUAAUCAUUUUACUUAUUCUACAAACUGUUUCCACUUGGGUUUCAGUUUCACAGACAUCGGUAAACUGCUAACCGAGGGUUAAUUAGUUCUUUGUCUCUUCUUAAAUAAUAAGAUAAAAAAAGAUAGGGAAUCUACUGUGAACUCUAACAAUUAGCCGACGUUUGUGAAACUGGCCCUUAAUAAAUUAUGGGUUGCAAUGUAAGUUACAAUAAUUCUAUAUAGACAUAGAAAUCACUAGUCUGUAUGGUUAUUUAGUUUUUAUUUCUGUAACGAGCGCGUGCACUCGCGAGAGCGCAGGUUAUCACUGCGAGAACUGUAAAACAAUAAAUAUUAAAAAGUUAUUUUGCCUGCUU